AUGGUUUCGUUUGCGAGCGUUUUACUUUUGAUGAUUUCUACCCUAUUUAUGGUUGCAAGUGCUCGAGAAUUCAGCCCAACCGCACUUUAUAAACUUGAAGAACGCCUGCUCCCCGCUUUAAAUAGAUUUAUUUCUCAGAAAGAGGAGCAUUUGAAGGAGAUCGAAGAAGCUCUCAAUCGUACUUCUGUUUUAAAGACACUAUCUGGUGAUGAAGUAGGAGAAUAUCUGGGGAAUCCUCUUAAUCAAUUCCACGUGGUUAAGAGAUUUGUCGACGACUGGGGAAGACUUGAAGAAUAUUUGAACUCGGAUAGUUCCAUUGAUGGUAAGUUUCUGUCAGUAAAGUUUUGUUAUUCUCUUCGCCUUAUGCAGUUUUCUUCCUUCGCGGUUUUGGGUUCUAUUCGUGCCUCACCUAACAAAUAUAAUUUUUCCGGCGAUAAUAAUUUACGAGCCAUUAAAGGUCGAAACCUUUCUAUAUUACUCGUAAACUGAAGAACAGACUUCAUGAGUUUGCAGUCGUUACAAAGACACGUGCUUUGAGCGCAAGAGUUAGGAGUGGCAGCGCCUCUCAGUUCCACGCCGGAUAUAAGAUGAGCUUUUGACAAAUUUCACUCUGUUCUUUCAGUAUGGAGUUGAUUCGCUCUAUAAAAGACAGUGAAUACACGGAAUUUUCAAGUCUAAAAAGAGCACAGCCGAAACAUGGAAAAAGACUCUAUUGAGUCAGUGAACCGGUGUUAUCGACUUCUUUCUGUGACUCAGCCGUUUGAGACCGUUUCAGGUAAAACAUUUUGUAAUAUUUUUUUGUACUUUUAUUGCAGAGUUCCUUUCAGCGAUAGAGGAAGAGAGAAAUAAGAUACCAGAAAUGGCUGAGCUUAACAAAGCACUUUAUGCGCUGGAGAGAAACGGGAUAGAUCCCGAGGGUUAUCGGGUCUGGUUAUCAAGAUGA